AUGAAGUUCCUUGCUGCUCUCAUCCACGCCGCCGCCGCCGCCUCGUCCCAAGCGGGAGCUGGCCCACUCGCGGUGGUGUUGGAUAGCCUUGCGCCUGUGGAUAACACGACCAUAGCCAUCUCCAAAGACCAAAGUGUGGCAGUUCAAUUCCGCAGCCCUCCGGUGGCAGAAGGUUGUGAUACCCCUUCUGGCAGUGGAGACAUCGACUGCACCCUUGGACUGAAACUUGAAUUUGUCAACUUUACCGUCCGUACGAUCGACAUUUCCACCGACGCGUCGCUGUGGUUGCAAGCUGAAUUGUGCUCCCCUGGCGUCGAAGAAGGCUUGCCCGGGUGCACCAAGUCCUGCGUCCCCCAUAUCCCUAUCCAAGAAUUCGCCGAACAGGUCACGUUCCAAUGGUCCCCCCCGUCCCCUAUUGAACUUAAGCCCAACACCAAGUACUGGUUCACGGGAGUUGAUAACGCAGAGGAAAUUAAGGAACUUCUGGUGUCCAUGGCCGAGCACGCCGCACGCCAAUCGAGCUUGGUCGUAAACUGA